AAAGUUUGCUUUCACUUAAGAGGCAGGAGAAGUGGUUGUUUUCGCCAGCCGAAAGCCGUCUGUUGGUCUCUCAGCAUGAACUCUUCUGUCCGACGAAUCCCUUCGAAUAGCGUGUGUUUAGGUGGCAAGGAGUGACACUGUCGACGACGCAUGAAUGGAGUCAACUGGAGCACUACAAGAGCCCAGGUGUCGUUCAUCAGCAACAAGGCACCAGCAGUGACAAAAGUGCAGGCUUGUUCGCUCAAGAGCCGUUGCAUCAGCCUGAGCGUGAAAGUCAAGAAUGUGGCGCAGGAGUUCUGCCAGAGGUCAUCCCUGCAGCUGCAGUGCAAGUGCAAUCAGACUUCGUUGCCAUGUGCUGCAUGUAUGAUUGAUACCUCAAACCUUGUGAAGCCACAGUCCCCCCCCCAUGGGCAUCCUCUCCUUGUAGAUAGUAACCUAGAGGCAUGUGUUACAUGUGGGAGAUGCUUCACCCACACUCAGGCCCUGAUGCAUCAGCAGCAUCGUUUCAGUGAGCCAUCUUAUUCAGGUAUAGUGGAUGCCAGGCUAUUAAACCUUUCUCCACCUUUCUCUUGUGAGGGUAAAAUGAAGCACUUUGUCUCAGGACUCGGAGCACCUAAUACUGUGUGCCAGAUCUGUUCUAGAACCUUCCACACACAGGUAGGAGUGAAGCGCCAUAUGAAGAGCAGCCAUGGAAAGGAGCUGUUGAAGGCCCAAAGGGGAAGGAGUCUUGCUACAAAUCAACUAAUCAAGUCCAAAAAGCAGACUGUGGGUAGUGCUUCCAGCAGCAUGGUCUUCAGGCACACCUCCAAGCUCUGUAUGCACAGGAAAGAGAAGCAAAGCAUAAAAUCGCACAUGAAGAGAAAAUUUGUCAGUGAGACCCAAUCAGGGGCGGACAAGCGCAGGCAAAAAAAUGCGUAUCCAUGCCGCAUUUGUGGCAAGCUCUUCCUCCAUCAUCUCUCUCUGAAUGCACACUACACUGCAACUUCAUGUCUCAGUGCAUUCAAAAAAGGUAAGGUCACAGGAAAUGCCACCAAAGAGCCCCAUUCACCAGAGCAGAGACAAAACGAUAACGUGAAGACCAGCCUGGCACAGGGCAAGACCGUGCGGUCUGGUCCAGGGAGGCCUAUGAAGGAGGAGCAGGACGAGGACAUGGUGGAAGUGGAGGGAGAAUUCCCCUGCCCCUCAUGCACGGAGGUUUUUUCCCUGCAGUCACAGCUUAGGGAGCACGUGGAGCUCCACGACUCCUCCGAGGUGAGCAGAGAGUGCAGCGUGUGCACAGAAGAGAUGCACAAUUUCAAGUGGUCGUCGUCGAGAAGGCAGAGGUUCUACCACUGUAUUCCCUGCCAGGAGGGCUUCUCGGCACUAGAUUCCUUCUUAGAACACUGUCAGGAGCACCUGCACACCAGGGAGGAGGAGGAGGACUUGCAUGGACAAAACAAACAUCAGGCCGGCAAAGUCUGAGGGAUUCUUGAAUAUCUUGCCUUUUGUGGGUCAGAGAGUGGAAAAAUCCUGCUCAUGUUUCUUACACUUGAUGUGCUCCGAGGUGUUCUAGCCAACAACUGUAAGAAAUUUACACAUCUGACGGGCCAAAACAGAUUAGGGUUAUACAAGCCACAGGUUCAACAUUUCCCCCUGCAUCUUUCGAUAGUCCUACCCAAAUACUUGCCUUUUUAUGAGCUCAGCAGUAUGUUUAACUUUAUACAAGUGUGGUUUGGCCACGUAACUAUUGUUGUGAGUUUUUUUUCUGCUUCUGUUUUAAAAAAAUCUGCUGUGAAAUUCUUUUCUACAGUUUUGAAACUUCCAUUUGAUUUUCUAAAGUGAUUUCUAAAUUGUUUUUUGAGUUGGGUUGUUCAUCAUUAAACUGCCUGAAAAGAUG